GGUGGAAUGUAGUUGCCAUUAGUGGGAGUUGAACUGAGGCUGGCUAAUAGUUAGCCUGUUUGAGCUGGAGACGCACAGGAGAGUGAUGAAAACAUGCCUCACUUCACAGUAGUACCUGUGAAGGAUCAAGCUCAGAGCAGCUACGACAGCCUGGAGGGGAUUAACUGGGUUGAUUACAGGGAUACUGGGCAGGACUGCCAUGACCAGCAAGAUACUGUUAGUUCAGAUGGACAUGGGAACCACAAAGAGGACAGUCCUUUUCUCAACAGUCCUGAUGCCGCUGGCAAAAGGAGCGACUACUAUGACAGGAACCUGGCUUUGUUUGAGGAAGAGCUGGACAUUCGGCCAAAGGUUUCCUCUCUGCUCAGCCGUUUGGUCAACUACACCAACAUCACGCAGGGGGCCAAGGAGCAUGAAGAGGAAGAGAGUGCUGAGGCCUCGCGUAGAAAGACCCCCAAAUCUCCCAACAUGGGCACUCUGAUGGGAGUCUACCUACCGUGUCUCCAGAACAUCUUUGGGGUCAUUCUUUUCCUCCGACUGACAUGGAUCGUGGGGAUGGCUGGCAUCAUGCAGUCCCUCCUGAUUGUCCUCAUGUGCUGCUCUUGUACUAUGUUGACUGCCAUAUCCAUGAGUGCCAUUGCUACUAAUGGUGUUGUUCCAGCUGGAGGGGCAUAUUUCAUGAUCUCACGCUCACUUGGUCCAGAGUUUGGAGGUGCUGUGGGACUGUGCUUUUACUUGGGCACCACCUUUGCAUCUGCCAUGUACAUUUUAGGCGCUAUUGAAAUCUUCUUGAAAUAUCUGGUCCCUCAAGCAGCCAUUUUCCAUCCCACUGAGCCCCUUGGAAAUGACAGUGCCCUGCUGAACAACAUGCGAGUGUAUGGCUCCCUGUGCCUCAGCCUGAUGGCCGUGGUCGUUUUUGUUGGGGUCAAAUAUGUGAACAAGUUUGCCUCCCUCUUCCUGGCCUGUGUCAUUAUUUCAAUUGUUUCCAUUUAUGCCGGGGCAAUCAAGUCCAUGACUCAUCCGCCUGAAUUCCCGAUCUGCAUGUUGGGUAACAGGACUUUGGUGAGAGAUCGUUUUGAUGUGUGUGCCAAAACCGUGGUGAUGGGAAACACGACAGUACCCAGUCAGCUGUGGGACAGGUUCUGCCUACCUGGGAACAUGAGCAGUGCUCAGUGUGAUGACUACUUUAUCCAGAAUAACGUGACAGAAAUACAGGGCAUCCCUGGACUGAGCAGUGGGAUUGCCAGAGAAAACAUGUGGAGCAACUACCUGCAGAAAGGAGAGAUCUUAGAAAAGGCGGGGCUUCCGUCUGUGGAUGGUCACAGCGCCAUGGAGAACUUCAUCAACUACGUGACAGCAGACAUCGCUACAUCCUUCACACUUCUGGUUGGGAUCUUCUUCCCAUCUGCAACAGGAAUUAUGGCAGGCUCUAAUAGAUCUGGUGACCUCAGGGACGCUCAGAAGUCUAUACCUGUGGGAACGAUCUUGGCUAUUACCACUACUUCGCUUGUUUAUAUAACCUCUGUAGUUUUGUUUGGGUCUUGUAUAGAAGGAGUAGUCCUGAGAGACAAGUUUGGGGAUGCUGUUCAAAAGAACCUUGUUGUUGGUACUCUGUCRUGGCCGUCUCCGUGGGUCAUUGUGAUUGGCUCCUUUUUCUCCACYGUUGGUGCAGGCCUGCAAUCCCUCACUGGCGCUCCACGACUUCUACAGGCCAUUGCGAAAGACAACAUUAUUCCUUUCCUUAGGGUGUUUGGUCAUGGAAAAACAAAUGGAGAGCCAACAUGGGCGCUGCUACUGACUGGUCUCAUAGCUGAGCUGGGGAUCCUUAUUGCCUCACUGGACAUGGUGGCACCCAUCCUUUCUAUGUUCUUUUUGAUGUGCUAUCUCUUUGUAAAUCUAGCCUGUGCAGUACAAACUCUUUUACGGACACCUAACUGGAGACCAAGGUUCAAAUAUUACCAUUGGGCUUUAUCAUUCCUUGGCAUGAGUAUGUGUUUGGCUCUGAUGUUCAUUUCCUCCUGGUACUAUGCCAUAGUGGCCAUGGGUAUUGCAGGGAUGAUCUACAAGUACAUUGAGUACCAGGGGGCAGAGAAGGAGUGGGGAGACGGGAUAAGGGGAUUAUCGCUCAGCGCUGCACGCUACGCUCUGCUGAGGCUAGAAGCUGGACCCCCUCACACCAAGAACUGGAGACCACAGUUGCUAGUGCUGCUGAAGCUGGAUGAGGACCUUCAUGUAAAAUAUCCGCGGCUGCUCACCUUUGCUUCACAGCUGAAGGCGGGGAAGGGCCUGACCAUUGUUGGCUCUGCCAUCCAGGGUCACUUCCUUGACAGCUAUGGGGAAAUGCAAGCAGCGGAACAGACACAGUUCGCUGCACCACAGCUGCCCACCUGGCUCUGAUGGUCCCCAAAAACGUGUCCUUUUACCCAAGCAACCAUGAACGCUUCACAGAUGGCAACAUCGAUGUGUGGUGGAUAGUCCACGAUGGAGGAAUGCUGAUGCUGCUUCCCUUCCUGCUCAAACAGCACAAGGUCUGGAAGAAAUGCAGGAUGCGCAUAUUCACUGUUGCCCAGAUGGAUGACAACAGCAUUCAGAUGAAAAAGGAUCUGGCCACAUUCCUGUAUCAGCUGAGAAUAGAGGCUGAGGUGGAGGUGGUGGAGAUGCACGACAGCGACAUCUCAGCAUACACGUAUGAGCGGACGUUAAUGAUGGAGCAGAGGUCCCAGAUGUUACGGCAAAUGAGGCUGUCCAGUGCAGAAAGACAAAGAGAGGCACAGCUGGUCAAAGACAGACACUCGUUGGUGCGUAUGGGCAGUCUUUACUCAGACGAAGAGGAGGAGUUGGAUGUUCCUCCAGGGAAAGUUCAGAUGACGUGGACCAGAGAAAAGAAUGAGGCCGAAAGUCGAAACCGAAACAACGCUCCUGAGAACUUCAGGGAACUCAUGAGCCUCAAACCGGAUCAGUCCAAUGUACGACGUAUGCAUACAGCUGUGAAGCUGAACGAAGUAAUAGUCAACAGGUCCCACGAUGCUCGAUUAGUGCUGCUCAACAUGCCGGGCCCACCUCGCAAUACGGAUGGAGACGAAAACUACAUGGAGUUUUUGGAAGUGCUGACCGAGGGUUUGGAAAGAGUUCUGCUGGUGAGAGGAGGAGGACGGGAGGUCAUCACAAUCUACUCAUGACCAGUCAGUAAUUAUUAAGUGGAGAYUCUGGCCAUGUGCAGUAUACAUUCCACCUUGGGAUGAGCAGCAACACUUUUUUAUUUUUUUGUACUUCAGGACAAUUCAAAGGAAUUUGUUUUAGAUGUAUGAACUUUUGAGYGCAAAAGGGUUUCAUUCUAUUCUUGUAGAAUACUGAUACUCAGACAAAAACUCUUACACAUGAAAACUUGCUUGUAAAACUUUUG